GCGAAAGUUCAAAAAUUUGUUAGUGGUAUUUCUCUGUUGACUGUUAGUUUUUUUACGCAGUUGUGUUUAAAUUCACCAAUAUAUGUGUUGACAAUAAGAACGUAACAAAGAUAGUUCGAUUUCUCGGCCACUGUAUACAUAGUCUUACGACUUUGAACGUCUAUAGAACUAUUCUAUGAUUCCAGACCUCAUUUUUGCGACCACAUGUAAGACUCAUUUGUUGGAUGUUAUUUGCGGUCGUGUAUAUUCAGUGAUUCAGUUUUACCAACCAAUUGUUCUUGAUUAAAUUUCUAUGGAGAAGAAUGACAAAAAAUUGUAAGCUAUAAACCUACAAAACUGAUCAAUAAAAGAGCUGUUUUGAAACAGAAAAAGGAGAACAAACUGUUGGCUAUGGAAACAAAGGAGAUUGAAGAGAGACUGAAGCUGCUUAAAUCGACUCUUUAUUCAGAACUAACCAAAACAAAUAAACUCAAGUAAUGAAAUUAUGUAGUUUAAGUUCAAUGGUCAGUUCGUCUGUGCCGAUUUGGGAAGGUAGUUGUACGACCUCUAUAGUAGAAAAACAGAAAAGCGAUACAAUAGUUGACGUAUGAAAUUUAUUCAACCUGUUGUGUACACUUGGUUUUAGAUCAGUGGACUUAAAUUCAAGCCUUUGAAGCACAGUACGACUUCUGAAAUCAAAAGUCCAGAUACGUAUGGUAGUUUUAUCCGAAAAAUAAAUGAAGGCAUGAAACUUACACCCGUAAAUCCUAUCAAUGCUCACCCGUCUAUGUGUGGACAGUGUGAAGACAAAAAGGCUGUUGUUUUGUGCCAGGAAUGCAGUGAAUAUUACUGCGCUAAAUGUUUUGCAACGUUUCAUUUAAAAGGAGCACUUAGACGUCAUCAUUCGUUGCCUGUUUCAACUUGUAGCUUACGGCCUGAGUCACGUCCCUGUAAAGGAAGUGAUGGUAUUAACAAAAUAAAAGAAUUGAAAGAGUCAGUUAGCAAAGGAUGUCAAAGUUCCUUUAAUAUUGCGACCAAAUCAAAUUUAGCUUUACAAACUGAAGCAAUAAAUGAUCCCGACCAAUAUGGUACCCCUAUUAAAACACCACAAACAACAGAACAAUCUUCAGCUACAGUCAGUCAUAUAACCUCAAUACCAUAUAAAACAUUUGUUCCGGUAGAAAUAUAUUUCAGGCCAAGUAUAUCUUAUGCAGAAAAAUUAUUGCUUCGUUUGCAUCGGAAUUCUAAGCUUCGGCAACCAAUAAGACAAGAAGGCUUAGAUAGUCAAAAAGUAUCUGAAAGGAAUUUCUUGCCAAAUCUAAGUAAUGAAGAACAAGAGAAAAACCAGAAUGGAAUUAUGGAGAAUUGCACAUUAAAUAGGAAUUCAUUUGAUGAAUUACAUAAAUUGGCUACAACACGAAUGCAAUUGAGUAAUGAUAAUCCACAUGUUUUCUCGCAUUCUAAAUUAGAUUCGGAAAAGCCUGUUACUCAAACAGAUGAAAUAAUGUAUCCAAUUAAUGAUGAAUCGAAUGAAAAUUAUUUAAAUACACCCCUUUUUGAUGUAGCACUAUGUGAAUUGACUAAACAAAAAGAAAAUACUGGCAAAAUCCACAAAGGACAAUCUUCACAGAUCAGUGAUAAAGAUGAUCUCGUCAAUGAAAUUCAUGAGCAUAAUAAAAUUAUGGGUUCAUCAAGUAAUAAACAAAAUAUAUGGUGCCCGGUGCAAUCACUAAUUAAUCCUGAUUCUAAUACAAAUCUUCGACUCAGUGAAACAAUCAUACGGAAUUUGAAUAUGGUUUUAGAUGAACAGUCAGUGAACAUCACCGACCCACAAAACAGCUUUAUAGAAGAUUCAAUAAUGAAGUAAAAUAAUUCGCAAACAUUAGCAUUAUUCAAAAUCAGUGUUAUAUGGAAAAAAAUUAGACAACUUUCACUUUUUUCUUAUGUAUAAGAAAGCAACUUAUUCGGUUUUAUAAAUAAAUAAAUAAAUUGCUUUUCAUAUGUUUUAAUUGAUUCCUUAUUGUUGACUCAUUCGUUUGAUAAAGAAAUAAAC